UAGGGACCGCAACUUUGACCUUUUAAGAAUCGCGCUCUUAUCCUCCCAAAAUACUUAAUAAGCCUACAACCUUCAACCUUCAAGUCGCAACUUCUUUUUCUUUUACGUUUAGGCUACUUUAAAGUUUGCCUGCAAGCCUUCAAAACAAUCUACUGUUUGAUAAGUCUGUUUCACCUGCGCGCAAAGCCUUACAUAAUUAUUAGAGCACCCAUUAUCCGUUCCGACAAGCAACAAGCAACCAGAAGCAUCUUUUGCUUUUCCUUCUUCCUCACGCGACAGCAUAGAUUUUUUUCGCCGGUCGACACCUAGUCUCGCGUUCCUUCUUCCUUUCUUCCCAAUACGAAGAACCGUCUGAAGUCUGCGCAAGCUCGCGUAUUUAAUAAGCUGCACGAUUGGAAGAAAGCUAUCACUUCUUACCUCUACCCUCUACCCUCUACCAUAGGAACUUCAUCACUUCGUUAGCCACAAUGCCGAUGGACAUUGAUAUCACUCGUCGCAACAAGACGCCUCGCCCCCUUACCGACGACGAGCGCGCGCGCCUCGAAGAAUACAUCGACUCGAUCCACUACUCUGCUCGCUAUUCGGACAGCGAAUACGAAUACCGUCACGUCCAAUUGCCGAAAGCCAUGUUGAAGGCCAUCCCCAAGGACUACCAUGACCCGUCUAAAGGCACACUGAAGCUUCUAUGGGAAGAUGAGUGGCGCGCGAUCGGUAUUACUCAGAGUCUAGGAUGGGAGCAUUACGAAGUCCAUGAACCAGAGCCGCACAUCCUGCUUUUCAAGCGACCUCUCAAUUAUCAAGCUCCUCAGUGAUUUUACCAGCAACGCAAAAAAAACUAGAAAAAAAAAAAAAAAAGAAAAACAAAGUGAACGCUGACCUCUCACCGCUUGGGAAAAUCGACUAUCGUUGUAAACUACUCUUGGUGCGCCCGUCCACUGCAUAGCGACAUCUGCAUUUGUUAGGGGAUAAUACUUCGCGACGAUUUAUGGCCGUUCUUAAUCAAAUCCAACUCUAUUCACUCAUCUGAUUUGGAGCUCGACCCCACCUCGGCGCAAAUGGGGCUGUUCUUCCCCGUGGACGGCGUUUAUAACAGUAAUAAGGUCAAAUCAUACGGCAGUUCUCGGCGUGGAAUACAUACGGAUGAUAAUGGUGGUUAUUGGUAUCUACUCGGAACACGAAGGGAAUCUGAGCAGCUCGGUUGUGAAGAUAACGGAUACUCUAGAAUAAUAAGGGACUAACCUAGAUUCUCUACGAGCCCGCGCUCUGUUCCUAUCGGGAUAUGAAUAGCCACACAUUGGUCAAUUACCUUUGGGUUAUUAGAGAUCCAUAGGGACUAAAUGAAUAGAGAGAGAGUAUCAUGACAUUUGAAAAGUAUUGGGAAUUGUGAUUUAAUUAAAACAAACUGUUGAAGCAUACGGCAUAAAAAAUGCUACCUAGAUCUUGGACCUGUCAACUUUAUUUACCCUUGAUGACUUUGGAUAUUUUAGCUGCACUUAAUAUAUUGAACAUACGACUAAUGCUUGCCGAGCCAAUAAGUUUGGCAUGUAUGGUGGUAAAUCA